AUGCCUAUCACAGACCAUGAACCGCUGUCGGAGUCGUCUAGAAGGAGACUAACAGAACUCAAAGGCGGUGACUGGUGGAUACUCGGGUCUACCAGUUAUGCUGUGGUCGACCCGACGAAGCCAAGGACUCCCAGCGACCUUGUGCAACGCUUUAACAGACCUAGGCAGCUCACGGAUGAAUUGGACGGUUCUGGCUGGCCGCCCUUCAGGCCAAUGUCGGGGGCUGUAGGAUUCCCUGAACAGUGGAGGUACAUUAACCUCCUCAUUCCCCAACAGGACAAUGAAGUCGUGAAGGGCAAUGAAGACUUCCUAGACUUGCUAAAGAAGUCCAGGCACGGAAGGUCUUCAGUUCCAGAUUCCAGGAGCUUCACGGGGAGCAACUUUGCUAGCUCGGCCAAUGUCCAUCGGACUGUUUCCCGCGGGCAGAGUUCCUUCAUCAUUAUCCCAGCUGCCAAAGCUUCGCUUCGUGAUACAGGCAAUUCUUCAACAACUGUGCAGUACCACGCAAAAGUGCCCUCCUUUCGUGCGAUCGUUAGACAAUUGCAGGAGGACGCUCAACGCCAUCGCCUCAGGGAAGUCAAUUUACUAGCGAACAAGGGACAGAGCACCGAAAGAGUGCCCAGCAUCCAGUAUGCAGCUGCUGAUUCUGCUGUUGGAAUUGCAAGGACCUCCAGCAUGGGGGGUAAGGAUGGCUUAAACGCACGAAAUGGUACUGGAACCAUUGCUUUUGAUGCGUCCGCGAGCAUUGGAUCCUCGACAGAUUCGUUAUUCCACAAGCUGGCACGAGAAAGGCUCAAGAGGAGCUUCACUCGCCUAGCGACAAGAAUGAGCAGUUCAGUUUCCCAUACACAAAUUGAGCAAUCGGAAAAUGAAGCGAACGCAGACUACUCUGACCCCGGCGUUGCUGAUCUCUACAGGCGAACAGUAGGUACCUUGAAGCAACUGAAAGAGGGCGCUCAUCUGCUAUACAAGGAAAUGCACAACUUGCAGCGAGCUGCUGAAAUCGCAGAGAAGUUGGCGCCUCAACUAAAACCUGAAUUGGAUACGAACGAUGGUGAGGCUGGAUCGGAGAUGAAGCCAAGCAACCUUCGAAGUGGACUUGUUAUUGGGAGCUUGCAGCUGCUUGGGAUAGAUAUCAAAGAGCCUCACGCUGCUAUGACUGAUAAUCAAUUGCAGGAAAUGCAGAAAGCUGCGGAAGCUGCACGACAGCAGCGCCUGCUCCACGUGGAAACCCUACAGCGGCUCCACGAGCACUUAGUCAUUGCGUGUGAAUGCCAUGAGAAGUUCAGGACAGCCCCACCAUCUGUAGUUUGUUCUGCCCUCAGUACCAUCGAUACAGUGGCGGAGCGGUGGGUGACAUGGGAGCCGCAUGCACCUUUGUUUCUGCCUGUGGCGCUGGCUGCUCUGGCUUGCACUAUGGCAUACAAUGCUUGCACCGUUGGGUCCACUGAGGUGGCAGCCCAGACCCUUGCAAGCUUACUUUUACACGAUGGUUCGAAAAAAGCAGCCCAGGAAGUCGCAGAGCGCAGUUUCCGUCAUUCACUAAUGAAUGAUUCAAUGUUGGAACACAGGAAGCUCAUUGAGGGCGUUGUCGUGAGGAUGCUUGCCCUUGUCUUAGAUCACGACAUGCCGAAACCAGCCCCCCGUACAUCGUCUCAGCUGCAGGUCCCCCCAGGGCAGCGCACUCCUGCUGUAGUGACCAGGACAGAAAAUGUGCUCGGCAAUUUGGCUGCUGAACAGGUGUCAACGAGCAGUUGCUUCUUUUCCGUUGUGUCUGUGGCUCAACAAGCAAUCGUGGCUAUCCAUGAAGCUGGCGGUCGACGGGGAGACCCAGUGUCUCUAGUGCGCGAAGCUGAACGACAUCGCGACCCCAGAAUUGCUCAGAAUGAAAGGGCUCUGCUUCAGAAGUUGGAAUUUGCUUUUCUAGAGCUGCGCUUGAACAUGAACAAGCUCCUAGCUCUCCGCUUGGCACUAAGCGAGCUGGGCUGCACUCAGCAAGCAUGGGAUAAAAUCAAUGAGUUCAACACUCGCAUAAAAGCUCUCUCCGGUGAGAAGGGACAUACUGAUGAACAGGCCGACUGA